ACUAACCAUGUGAUAUAAAACAACAAUACAUGCAAGACAGCAAAGAGAUCUAGUCAUGUGUAGUUUACUGUACAAGCACAAGAAAAAAGGAGGGAUUCUGUUCCUAUCCUGCAUCUUGGCUAUUCUAGUCUGGCAUAGUAAAGAGAGGCUCAAUACUUUUCACAAUGACAAGCCGAGGGAAAGAGUAGACAUUCUCCAUGAAGAAAAUAGGAACAUCAUUCAGCUUGAUCUGGCAGUUGACGAAAAGAACCUGACAAAAUCAACUGAAGUGGAACCUGAAGCAACUACAAGUUACAAUGGGCCGGUCACUAAAAAGCCGUCCAAGAACACCCUACCAAUGGUAGAUUUUGUUGUUCGUUCAGCAUACAUUGACACAAGGGAAAGAAAUGGUCACAAAAACUCUACAGUCAUAUUUGCAGAGAUCUCUAAAGAUGUACGCAAGUUUGGGCUAAUCGUAGGCUGUGGUGUGGACACUAUUGAUGCCAAGGAAUACAAAGUUGAAUCUCUUUACAACAGCUGGAUUUGGAAGUUAAUAGGAAAUCUAACACAUGAGGAAAUAAUGAUUACUUGCUAUGAUCUUGAAGCCCAUGAAAAUAGCACGGCUUUCAUUACUUAUCAUCCAGCUCCAAACUCAACUGAAAUAUCUACAGGCACUGUUGAAAUUACAUACUCACCCAAAAGAAAAUACGGUAAAAACAAAACGGUUGUAUGUACACUAGCCUUUGGUAAACCACUUUGGCUGAAUGAGUGGCUAUUGUAUCAACAAGCUAUUGGAGUUGAUCUGGUUCAAAUGUAUGUUGAAGAAACGUUCGUAAGUGACAAUGAAAAUCAAAGAAUUAUUAAAGGCUUUGUUGAAGAGGGUUUCCUUCGAGUGGAUUAUCGCAAAACUUAUUUCAACUCUACACAGAUUUACUACCAUUCUCAACUUCUACUCAACCAUGACUGCUUGUAUCGCUACCAAGGAGUAUAUGAAUAUGCACUAUUUUUCGAUACUGAUGACUUCUUUAUCCCUCGCUUACCAAACAAAACUUCUAUUCGCUACUAUCUCAACCGAUUCCUACCGAAAGAUAACCAAGCAACAUUCAAAUUUCAUUGGUUGAAUCUAUUUCCAGAAUGUGGCCUAACUCAACCAAAAGAAAGUGUUAAAGAUGGCAAUGUAACACAGUUACUCAAAGUCAAACAAUACUUGGACACAAAGAAUACAAAAUUUGCUUGCAGACCACAUUUGACAACUCUUGUUUCAGUUCACACCGCUCGUGCCUAUACCGAGAAUACAUCAGUCGUACCUACGGCUUAUGGCAGCAUUGCAUAUGUAGGACAUUUCAGAUUACGCAUGCACGAAGUUGUAAACAUUCCCAAAACUACUACGUGUGACAUAUUGUUACAUGACAACUAGAGCUAUAUAGCUGUAGUGAUGGAAUAGCCACCAGAUGUCAUUGUCAUGCGUUAUAAUUUAAAUCGGACAA